CCUGGGGUCCCGGAACUGCCCCCCGCCACCUGCGCGACCUUAGACAAGUCACUCUUCCUUUCUGGGUCUUAGUUCCCUGCUGUCAAGUGGGAGAGACAUUGGGUUCCUCCUGGCUUUGACAGUCCACUUACGGGUGGGUCUGGGAGGAGCCUGAGUGAGUGGGAUCCAAACUGCCGUGGCAGGUGUCUGGCCCCCCGAGCAUUUGGCAGCCGUCUUCCAACUUUGCCGUCCUUUUAAUCAGCGAUUUUCUGAAUGACAGAAAGCUUUGACCUCCAAGCUGUUUUAAAUCUAAUAGAUAAGCCAGAUACUCCUGUGCCACAAGCCUUUGGCCCACAUUUCAGUGGGAAUGCAGCUAGUUUGGAUAACUGGACCUUUUUAGGCAUCUGUCUCGGAAUUCCUGGUUGCUGGCCUAACGAUUGUUGUAGCGGUUCAAGCACUGGUCAUAAGUACAGGAUAGCCACACAGCAAAAUGUUUGCAAAACUGAAGAAGAAAAUUGCAGAAGAGACUGCUGUCGCUCAGAGGCCAGGAGGUGCUACUAGGAUCCCACGAUCAGUGAGCAAAGAGUCCGUUGCCUCUAUGGGAGCUGACUCAGGAGAUGACUUUGCUUCUGACGGAAGCAGCUCCAGAGAAGAUCUUUCAUCCCAGCUUUUGAGAAGGAAUGAACAGAUACGGAAACUAGAGGCCAGACUUUCUGACUAUGCUGAACAGGUCCGCACCUUGCAGAAGAUAAAAGAGAAGCUUGAAAUUGCCUUAGAAAAACACCAGGAUUCUUCCAUGAGGAAAUUCCAAGAGCAGAAUGAGACGUUCCAGGCCAACAGAGCCAGGAUGGCAGAAGGGCUGGCUUUGGCGUUGGCCAGAAAGGACCAGGAAUGGUCAGAAAAAGUGGAUCAGCUUGAAAAGGAUAAAAGGUUUCUGACAGCUCAGUUACAGGAAAUGAAGAAUCAGAGUUUGAAUCUUUUCCAAAGAAGAGAUGAAAUGGAUGAAUUAGAGGGAUUCCAGCAACAGGAGCUAAGUAAAGUAAAGCACAUGCUUUUAAAAAAAGAAGAAAGCUUGGGGAAAAUGGAGCAAGAAUUGGAGGCACGAACCAGAGAACUUAGUCGCACCCAGGAGGAAUUGGUGACUUCCAGUCAGAUUUCGUUAGACUUAAGCCAGAAGCUGGAAGAACUGCAGAGACACUACUCAGCGCUGGAAGAGCAGAGAGAUCAUGUGACAGCUUCAAAAACAGGUGCAGAAAAUAAGAUCACAGUCCUGGAGCAAAAGGAACAGGAGCUCCAAGCAUUCAUUCAGCAACUUUCCACUGAUUUGCAAAAGGUCACUGCUGAAACUCAGGAGAAAGAAAAACUCAUCACACAUUUGCAGGAGAAGGUUGCAUCCCUGGAGAAGAGACUAGAGCAGAAUCUCUCAGGGGAAGAACACGUGCAGGAACUUCUGAAAGAGAAAACACUUGCUGAGCAGAAUUUGGAGGAUACCAGACAGCAGCUCUUGGCUGCCAGAAGCAGCCAGGCCAAGACCGUCAACAACCUGGAGACUCGGGUGAAAGAACUAGAGCAGAGCCUGCGGGCCUCUGAGGAGAAGCUGAAGCAGAGCAGUGACGUGGUGGCAGCUCAGGAAGCUCAAAUUCAAGAGCUUGCCGCCGCGAACACAGAGAGCAGCCGCGCCCAGCAGCAGGCCCUCGCGCUGGAGCAGCAGCGCACGGAGCAGAUUCACGCGCUGGAGGCCCAGCUCGCAGGCCUGGGGAGAGCGCGGGUGGCCGACCUGACAGCCGCAGAGCGGGAGCUGAGAAAGCUGGAGCAAGAAAAUGCAGCCCUUAAAGAAAGUAAGAAUGAAUGUGAAUGUUCUUUACAGCAUCACCAGCUUGAGCUAAAGAAGCUGAAGGAAGAAUGGAGCCAAAGAGAAAUCGUGAGUGUGGCGAUGGCUCAAGCCCUGGAGGAGGUGCGGAAGCAGAGGGAAGAGCUGCAGCAGCAGGCCGCUGACCUGACAGCCGUGGUGGGCGAGAAGGAGCAGAGUCUGCAGGAGAAAAUGGAAGUGAUUCUCCAGAAAGAGCAGGAGAUUCUCCAGCUGAAGAAAGGUCACGACUCUGCGCUGCUGCAGACACGCCAGCUGCAGAGCGAGCUGGAGGCCCUGCAGGGCCUGAGGGCCGAGGAGGCGGAGGCCACGGCCACGGGGGAGGACCUGCUGAAGCUGACGGGCCAGGAGCGGCCCCUGGUGCUGUCAGCCAGCAAGCCCCAUGUGACCUCGAGGGCCGGGCAAGACCCCGAGUACCAGCUUUCAGCUGUGGAGGGAAUACCAAACGGAGAGAUGGGGGCAGCCAUGGAUCUGGGGCAGCUACAGAAGGAAAAACAGGACUUGGAGCAGCAACUUCUAGAGAAAAAUAAGACCAUAAAGCAGAUGCAGCAAAGGAUGCUGGAGCUCAAGAAGACUCUGCAAAAGGAGCUGAAAAUCAGACCUGAUAAUGAGCUUUUUGAAGUCCGAGAGAAGCCUGGGCCUGAGAUGUCAAACAUGGCACCUUCAGUCACGAAUAAUGCUGACCUGACUGACGCUCGCGAGAUCAACUUCGAGUACCUCAAACACGUGGUUUUAAAAUUCAUGUCUUGUCGCGAAUCUGAGGCUUUUCAUCUUAUAAAAGCUGUGUCAGUGUUGCUCAACUUUUCACAAGAGGAGGAGAACAUGCUCAAAGAAACCCUGGAGUAUAAGAUGUCGUGGUUUGGGUCCAAGCCAGCUCCCAAGGGCAGCAUCCGGCCGUCCAUCUCCAACCCUCGGACACCGUGGUCCUAGGUGGCACUACCCAGGGAUGGGGGCUCCAAGGGCUGACACUUUUUCUGUGAAAAGAACACUGACACACCCCAGUCCUAGUGGGUUUUUAAUCACUGUAACUGCAGUAUUUUGUACAAGCGUCUGAACAUUGUUUACAAGACUUAAGGCCCACUCCUACAGACUGAUACGAAUCUCAGGAGGUCGCUGAUACUGACAUCCUGCUUUCCGGAGAGCCCUGGCACAACCCACUUUGCCACAGUGCUGCUAAAAUCCCAGCUCUGGCCAGCACCCACCUGCACCUGAAUCCUCUUUCAACGUUAGCACUUAAAGCUGAAGCCCUCAGCCUGUGUCAGAGAGGAGGCAGCCAAUCCAUCAUGUGGUGAUGACGCUGGACAGACAGGCCUUCGACAUGGUGCCCAGCAGGGCAGACCCACCUGCUUCUGCCACAAAGAGCCAACUCAGUGAGGCUGGCUUUUUUCAACUCCCUUUCCCUGUUCGUAUGUUUGGGUUCAGGUGAGUUAGAAGAGGCUUUUAAACACUUCCACCCAAGGAAACGUUAUUGCACCUUGCUACUCAAACAUCCUGGAACUUCAGAUGUGUCCAUCUCUAAGGUACUCUCGGGCCAGUGUGGAUUAAUGAAUAUGUGCACCUUUCUGACAGUAUCUCAUUUUACUGAAGAAAACUAGCAGAUGUGUAAAAAGAUUCUUAGUACCAAAUACACUCAAUUGCCUUUUUAACGAAUGUACUUGUGGUGAAUAGGUUGCUGGUAAACCAUUUUAAACUAUUUUUUAUAGCUAAAGUUCCUCACUAUUAUAAACAUGUCUUCUGUAUUACAAAAUCCAUUUAACUUGUGUUCUUAAAGGAAAAUCAGAGCAUCAAGAGGAAAUGAUUUCUAAGAUUGGGAUCCUUGUCCCAAUCUGCCUCCCUCUGAAGCAGUGGUGGUGUUUCACUUGCUUAGAUCUUAAUUCUGUUGUUAUAACACUGAGCAAAUGCUAAUCAAUGUUUUCUACUGCUGAGGACAGUCUGCUGUAUUCAAAGGAAGCCGCAGCUGCUCCUUUCCUCUCCCCAGCCUUGACCAAAAUGGUGGAGGUGGACUGCCCUGUAAGUGGAGCCACCAUCUCCCCAUCACCGCAUCCCCCCCACCCUGGAUAUUUAAGAUGACACUACAUUCACGUGUGGCGUCCAGGUGGCCCCUGCCUGGCUGCAGUACUUGACGACACGCAGAUGGCUCUGGAAGUGACUGAUGAAAACUCGUAUUCAUCAUCAUUAAAGAAAAGGGAAAUACUUGCCUUGGAUAAGGCACACUUUCAGAUCUAAAGGGAAACUGUAUAUUUAUAGUUUGAUGAAAGUUUUAUUGGUUAAAUAAAAAACUGAGUUAAUAACUGGAGCUCCUAGAUUUAUCAUCAGUUACCCAAUGAUGUUAGGUUUCUCAAUUAUGUUUAGGGCUAAAAUAUAUAUAAAAUAUAUCUCACAGGAAAGCAAGGAUAUGCAGUUAACGAAAGACAGUUCCAUGGCCCUCAAAGUACCAGGCAAGGGCAGCAUUACCCACACCCAGCUCGGACUCUGCUGCCCAGUGACGCUUGUUACCUGCCUCCUCCUGCAGCUCCCCUGGCAGAUGCGACCCGUGCCUAGGAGGCCGUUUCCCGUUAUCUGGUGGGGACACAAACCAGGAGUCCCUUCUGUUCCAUCAUUUUGACAAGUAGGAAGUAGCUCUUCCAGCUAAAGAAUUCCUUAAAUUGGGUAGUUAGGGCUUGCCAGAGGCGAUCCCAGCACAGCCGUGGGAGCCCCCACCAACUCUUCUGUGGCCUCUCCAGCCCUUGAGCUGGUCUCGCCGCCCCCCCCACCCCCCACCUGCCAGCAGUUUUAGACACAGUUGUGGGGCCCCCUAUUUGGUCUGUACUUGCACAGGGAGGAUUCGUUCUGACUAGGCUUUCCUCCUGCAUGUUGAAUUUCCUUCAGCUUUAAGAGGAAGAGUGGAGUAAAUACUCUUAAGUGAUUUAAUGCACUUUCACUUGUAUAGAACAUUCUGUGCUAGACAGUACAUAGAGCCCUUUAUAUGAGCAUCGGAUCUUGAUCUCACCCUCCAUGUUGUAAAUAGGGAUCGUAUUAUCUAAAACUGCUGUAGAAAAUUCAUUUGUGGUGCAAUACACUUUUGAUUAAAGCCCUUCAACCCAGAUGCA